AUGCGUGCAAGUUGUUCAUCCAUUGUUGUUGAUGAUUUUGAUGAUUUUAAUGAAAAAAAUUUCUAUUCGUCAACGAACAAUUCCAUUUCGUUGAUAAAUGAUAUUCAAAAUAAUGAUUUACCAUUUUUUGAUGAUUUUUCCGAAGAAAUAUCCAAGAAAAAAGAUGUUCAUCAGGAUCAACAAGGAUUUCUUUGUGAAAAUUCUUCUCAAAAGUCUUUAAUUUACGAUCCACAUUUAGCGAAUUUAAUCGAAAAUGAACUUGGUCUCAAUGAUUGUCAAACAUCACGAAAAAAUGCUUGGGGAAAUUUAUCAUAUGCAGAAUUAAUUGCCAAAGCUAUUGAAAAUAGUUGUCAACAAAGAUUAACACUUUCACAAAUAUAUUCUUGGAUGAUUUUAUAUGUUCCUUAUUUUCGAGAUAAAGCUGAUAAGAAAAGUAGUACCGGAUGGAAAAAUUCAAUUCGACAUAAUUUAUCCUUACAUAAUUGUUUUGUUCGAAUUCCAAAUGAAAUUGCAGGUAAAUCAAGUUGGUGGACAAUUGAUCAUCGAGCAAAACAAAUACGUGGAAGAAAAAAACUUCAAUCCAAUGAAAAUUCAUCGAAUAAAAUUGUUAAAUCUCAUUCAAAUUCUUCAAAUAAUUCUCAAACAUUUACAUCUGUACGAGAUGUUAAUAAAUCAUUUUAUCAUCAAUUAUCAACACAAACAAUGCCAAAUAUUCUUCAUGAUAUGUUAAAAUCAUCUCCUCUUCAAUCAUCAAAUUAUUCCAAUUCAGUUGAUCAACUUUGUUCAUCAACAACAAAAUCUCAAAUAAAUUCCAAUGAAAUUUAUUCAAUAAAUGAUUAUGAAAUGAUAUCAUCGAAAUUAAGUGAACAAUUAAAAACAAUUGAUCGUUCAAAUCCAUUAUUUCGUCGAAUGGUUUUAACGAUAAUGCGUCAUCAAAUGAAUAAAAAUAAAUUUAUAAAUCAAAGAGAAAAAAUUCUUUCAACUCCACCACCAACAACCAUCGAACAAUCGAAUUCAACAUUUGAUUUAGAUAUCGAACCUAUUUUAGAUUUUCAACGAACAAAUUUCGAUGAUUUUCAUCAAUUUUAA